UCUAGGACGAAAUGGCUGUCGCGCCACCCGCGAUAAAGACCCCGCGUAGUUGGGUUAUUGUGUUUAUAGCCGUUCGACAGACCGCCAAUUUUUACCGAUUACCGUUGUCUUUUUUUGUUCGGUGUUUCCGUCACUCUUUCGUGGUUUAGACGACCCGCACCGCAGCUACAGUUUACUCACCGACUGCCGAUAACUAAUUUCCGUCUCUCGGUCGACGCGGACAUCACUUUCUCCUUGUAUUUCAUUUUGUACCGUUCGCCGCACAUCGUUUUGAAAAACGAACAAGACUGCUUGCACACACAUCACAUCUCAAGAUUUUCAACUCAUUAGUCAUUAACUAUGGAACAAUUUAUUGUCAGCAGUAAUAGUGCUUUAGAACUAAAAUUGGUUCGUAAGGCUAGUGAUAUUAAUGAUCCAAAAAUAGCAUUUUAUCCAGAAAUGACUUAUCAAGUGUUUGGAAUUAUGGAAAAAAUAUUUGGUUAUAAAGAUCUUGUGGUAAAAAUGUAUUAUACUGCAAGUUAUCUUAAACUAUAUAUAAAUAUUACCUACACAUCUAAAGUGGAUUCAGAAAAAUAUGGUGUAAAUCCAGAUAAUAUUAUGGAGAAACUUAAAGACUACAUUACUCCUGAUUAUCUUACCAACAUAGAUGUAUUUGAAAAAUGUUUAGAAGAUGAAUCGUCAUUUAAACCUUUUGGAAAUCAACUUGACCAAUUUAUUUUAAAUUUUGAUGGAGAAGAAAAAAAAUUUGAAGUUUAUGUAACUGAAGAUGAAAACAGUGCAUUUAAAGAGUAUUUUAAUCAGUUACAGACAUUUGUACUAUGGUACAUUGAUUCUUCCAAUUUUAUUGACUAUGAUGAUUCUAAAUGGAAGAUAUUUAUAAUGUAUGAACUUUUCAAAAAUGAAAAUGGUGAUACAUGUUAUACACCAGUUGGAUAUUCAACUAUUUAUGAAUAUUAUGCCUACCCUGAUAAAAUCCGCCCAAGAAUUAGUCAAAUGUUAAUUCUACCACCAUUUCAAAGAAAAGGAUUAUGUGCAAAAUUACUAAAUUCAGUUUAUAAACAUUAUUCUUUUAAAUCAGAUGUUAUUGAUAUUACAGUUGAAAGUCCAAAUGAAGAAUUUCAACUAGUUCGAGACUUUGUUGAUGCUACUAACUUUCACAAACUUAAAACUUUUGAUAAAGAAAAAUUAAAAAAAUUAAAUUAUCGAGAAAUGGUUGAAGAAUUCAAAAGUCUUUACAAAAUUAAUCAGAAACAAGUUCGUCGGGUUAUAGAAAUUAUACUAUUAGAAGUUACUAAUAGACUUGAUAAAGAUGAAUAUGAAAAGUACAAGAAAUUUGUAAAAACACGACUCAAUUGGCCGUUUCAAAAAAAGCCAACGAAACUUAUGUUAGCAAUGCCAGCCGAAGAAGUUGAAAAAAUUCAGAAAGCUGAUUCUGUGGAAAAAUUGGAAGAGUUGGAUGUUGAAUAUCAUGAAUUAGAACCGUUUUAUGAUAAAGUAAUUAAAAGACUUGAAAUUAGCCUCUAAUGUUACAUAGGCUAGGUUACAAAUUAAUUUGUA